GUGUCUGGUUUGCGGCACACGCGCGCGUACAGUCGUCGUGGUCGUGGUUAUUUUACUCACUUUCUCAGUACUCGUUUGUGAAAGUCUCCAAGAUGCCUUGUUUUGAAUUUGCUGGUUUAAUAAACGGUGAUAUCUGGUUUCAAGAAGCGGGACAAACAGAUAUCGAGGUAGACACUUUCAAAAGGUCCUGUCCCUGCACGAUAAACUGGCUGAAAAAUACGGACGACGACUUCCUGCUGAUAAACUGUGAUGGCCAGCUUGAGUUUCAGACCUUAUUUACAAAUGAAGUACAAGGAUGUGAUGGUGCCGGACCGUCCUGUCAGCCAGGCAGCAAAAGUUCUGAAACUACACACGAAACAAAAGCGAAAGUUCGCAGCGUGGCCAAAUGCAAAUUCAUAAUUCAGCGAUACAAGGCCUCUGACUUACCCUGUGAUGUGGUGCCGGUCAUACUCGCCACCAUGAAGCAAGAAAAUGGCAAGAAGGUGGUGGUCUGCUGCAGCAGCGACGGACGAGUGUUUCCCGAGGAAAUGGAUCUUCCGGAUGAGAUUGGUGGAAGCAAACACAAAGCCCUGUUCUACGUGAGGAGGGUGGAGGAGAAAUCUAACACCUUCAUGUUUGAGUCUUCUCUGCUGCGCUCCAAUUUCCUGGGAUUCCAGGCCGACGCCGGCGCACUGAACAAGCUGGUGCUGCGCUCGAAGUUGCACAAAGUGGACGAAGUGGACGAGAACGCUCAAAUUGCUGUGAUCCCGUGUAAUGCGUGAUGACCUCGGAUGAGGUGACCACGUGUCUGUAUUUUCUCCAAAUGUUGGUCUUUGGGAUGCCGACGACUUCAUUAUGACUCAUUCUUUUUUUUUUCUUUUUUUUAAUGGUGGCUGGUUCAAGUCCCCCCCAAGGAGUUAUGCACUCUGACGGCACUUCAGACAGCGUUUUAAAAUGCAAACAAACAAAACAUGAACUCUCUAGACAAAAUGUGGCACAGAAAAGUUCUUAAGGUAUUUGGCCGUUAAAGCACUCUUAAUAAGUUGCUGUUAUCAGUGAACAUAAGCUGGAUUUCGUGUUUUUCGCACAGCUUUUUCGUGUUUUUUGCACAGCUUUCUUUGGACCAAUUUUUUUUUUUUUUAAUAAGCUCCUCCCACUUUGACAACAUUUGAGCCAAAAGGAAAGGAAGCGGAGCAGCAGUUAAAAAAAAAUGUAUGUGAUUCAUCCUUGUAACAUUUGAUUGUGUUGAAUAUUUUAUCCAAACUUUAUCAUCUCAGUCAUCUCCACUGAUCAGCCAGAACAUUGUGACCACCGACAGGUGACGUGAAUAAUGCUGCCUGCUGUAUUUUCUGUAGUACACUUCACUUUUUUUAACGAGUGCGAGCGGUCCUGUGAUUUGUAUCCUGAAAAAUCAUGUAUUUAUGAAUAAUAACCAUUACAGUAACUAUUUCUGUGAUCAAAAAUCCCAAGUGAGACUUUUACACCGGUGCAAUUUAAACUCUUAAAAUACAGUACUUUGUUAUAAUAGACCCCUUUCCAUUCUUUUUUUUCUUUUUUAACCCAUGAUGCAUUGCGUAACACCAUUUUGUGGGGAAACCCGCUGCAGACGAAAGCGGAUGUGGGGAUGUUCAAAAUGUAAAAAAAACACAAAAAAAAACACAUUUCGAUGCCCCAUGAACAUUACAGUGAUUCUCUGGAUGAAGCAACGUUUGCUCACUAAAACGAAGAAGCUAAAGGUGAUGGAUGGCAUCAGUCUUUAUGAGGUAGAAGCUUGAGACUGGAAUUUGGAUACAUUAUUUUGUCAUGAACAAAAUAUUUAAAGUUUUGAGCCCUUUGCGUCACUGCGUAACUACAUGUUGAAAUGAUGGAGACUGCAAGGGCUGUGAUUGGCAGCACGGUGCCUUAGUGGUUAGCACUGUUGCCUCACAGCAAGUAGGUCAUGGGAUUGAUUCCCACCUGUGGUCUUUCUGUGUGGAGUUUGCAUGUUCUCCCCGUGUUUGCGUGGGUUUCCUAGGGGUGCUCCGUUUUGUCCCAAAUUUAAAGACAUGCAGGUUAGGUGAACUGGAAACUUUAUAACUGCCCAGGUCUCGCUUGCAAAAGAGAUCUUGAUAUCAGUGGGACAAACCUGGUUAAAUAAAGGUUAAAUUAAAUUGGUAACUUUUAUGUUUUCACUCCUUCCUCUUCCGUCGCAUUUUAAAAGUCUUUGCAGUGCACAUGGUGAUUACAUUUCAAUCAUGGAUCAAAUUCAUUUGGCAGAAAAGGGUCACGCCCACGUCUGUGUCAUUACAUGUCCACAGAGUUACGGAGCUGCAGAACCAUAACACUGUAGGAUUUUAAGGUACCACUCUGCAGCUGACUUAGAAAAAAGUGACUUAACCAACUGUAAUCUUUUUAAUGCACAUAAUGUAUAUAACAGCGCUUAUUUAAGGCAGGUGUUUAAUUUUUUCCAGGAGAGGUUUUGACCCGGUCAUUAAAUGAGGGAGGUCCCAAUUCAAGGUCAGGCAUUUAAUCGAGGAAAUACGGUACCUGAGGUAAAAUGCUCAGAUCUCACUUUGUAACGCCGUUUGCUCGGGUAACGGUUGAAAUUAGCUCCGUUGAUGGGCGCUAUCUACAACUGGCGUCACUUGCUAGAGAGCUCCUCUAUCUUUUCUGCUUGAUGUGUUAUGACUGUUGGGAUGUCAAAAAAAUGUUAGACCUCUUGCCUGAAUUUGCACUGUUUGUACACCCAAACACCGCACAUGAAUUCGCUAUUGUCUCACUUUAGCAAAAAAGGCACUUUGUUGACAUUUUCUGCCUGUUAAUAUGGCGGCAUGCUAGGAAUCAUGGGUAACCAUGCCCUGAAUGGAAACAGGUCUAUAGGUGAGCUUGCGUUACCCUCCAAAUUGCGCAAUUUGUAGUGUUUUGAAAAUAGGCUGACACCGUACCCAAACUUGCACUUAUUGCUCAAAAACCAGCUGUAUUUCGCAAAACUGGAAUGAAAACACUUUUUCCACGACUACAUAUCGCACGGCAACAGCAAAAUGGCAACAAUUAGCAAGCCCAUGAGUGUUGGAAUUACAGUUUUUGCGAGACAACUAAACACAGCAGUGACGUUCCAUCACUUAGGUUGAAAUGCUGUCAUUUCACUUUAGGGUUUGGUCGAAAUUCUGAAGAUAUCACUGAAAUUUUGUGCAAAUCUCUACUGGAAAAGGAGCAAAAUGGGGACCUACACAUUAUUAGGCAGGUAGUGUGUGUAUUUUAGUCUGUGUGUGUGCAGCUCAGUACGAUCAGGAGUUGGGUGACCACUGUUCCAUCCUACUGAGCUUGUUACCAUCACAGAGUUGAAGUUUGUUUUGUUUUUCCCGAACCAUGAAUAUUUAUUUCCAUACUGUUACACUUUUUCCUUCAAGUUUCAGUCUGAAUGAAAUUUUUAAUUUCCAUUAUGAAUGUUCCUAGAAACUUGAAUUUUUAAAGAGCUUUUUCAUCCUUUACAUUGCAGUAUUUUUUAAUGCAUUUGAAUUUUCUAAAUGUUUGCUGUUUUAGAGUAACUGACAGAAUUGAGCUGAAAUACCUUAUUGUAAAAUGUUGGUGGUGAUAGACAGCUUAAAACGUUUUGGCUCUGCCUCUUUUAUCUGGCUCCAUGACAAAGAAGAAGCCCAACAUUAUUUGUAUUUGUCCAAGUUUUUGGAACAUUCUAGAAGACAAUUUCCUCCAUAUCAACCUAAUUUAUUGGUUUCUGCUGACGGAUUUAUUUAUUUUUGUCUAGUUUCUAAAUUCAAACACUUCUGCCAUGUUUAAUACGAAUCUGUUGAUUUAUUGUUGUCUGCUGCUAACUUGUUAGAGUGUGUACCUCUGUCACGGGCCGACAUCCAGCCACACCCACAUGUUAACUUCUAACAUACCAUUUUUCCAUCAUGCUACUGUUUGAGUCAGUUUAUAUUCAUCUUAGAAGUGCAGCUUUAUUGUCAAUGUGGCUUUUCAAUAAAUUUGU